AUGGGCGUCACUCCAGCCAGCAACACGCCACACAGCCCGAAAGACUCCCAUAAAUACACUUUGACAAGACGACCAUGGCGACUCAACGUGACGGAUUUCCAAACGAUAAUUGACUUUCCUUAUCGUGGUAGCGGCACGUUAGACGAUCCAUACAUUGUGGAGUGGCUGGAGAGCGACCUCGAAAACCCCAAGAAUUACAGCGAGGCCCUACGAUGGAGUACCACGGCAUUGAUAGCAACCAUGACACUGUGUGUUGCCCUUGCGUCGUCUGCAUAUUCGGGCACCGUUGGUUCGCUGCUCACUGAAUUCAAAUGCAGCCAUGAGGUGAUUACCCUGGGUCUUUCACUCAUGGUCCUCGGAUAUGCCGUGGGACCGUUGCUGUGGGCCCCCAUCUCCGAGUCCGUUGGUCGCCGCAAUAUCUUCCUUCUUUCUUAUACCGGAUACACGAUUUUUACUGCUGGUUGCUGCGGCUCACAAAACUUUUGGACUCUCAUUAUCCUCCGGUUCUUCACUGGUCUUUUUGGAUCCAGCGCCUUAUGUAUUCCCGGAGGUCAAAUCGCAGACAUGUUCAAAGCGGAGCUCAGAGGCCUUGGAAUUGGCGUUUUUUGUCUUGCGCCAUUUAUUGGACCGGCUCUCGGUCCCAUCAUUGGUGGUUUCCUAGGCGAAGCAGCCGGUUGGCGUUGGGUGAUGGGCCUGCUAGCUAUAUUCGGGGCAUUGUUGACAUUGACGGCAUUCAUCUUUAUGCCUGAAACAUAUGCACCGGCAUUGUUAAGAGCACGCGCUGAGCGUUUGUCGCAAGCCACCUCACAGGUCUAUCUAACUGCUGAAGAUGCGAAGAACCCUGUCGUUUUCAAGGAGUUGGUCAAGCACGCGCUGCUUCGGCCGUGGGUGUUACUAUUCCGUGAGCCUAUCGUUUUUAGUCUGACAGUUAGUAACUUUCCCUCAUUCAAAGGUAUAACAAUCACUAACGGACCCAUGAAGCUUUACAUGUCAGCCAUCUACGGCACUCUCUACAUGUGCUUUGCUGCAUUCCCGAUCGUGUUCCAGGAAAAGCGUGGCUGGAAUGCUGGUGUUGGAGGUCUUGGGUUUACGGGCGUCUUGGUAGGGCUGAUAGUCGGAAUCCUCAUUAUUUGCUGGGACAACAAACGAUACGUUCGUAUCUACCGCGCAACCGACGGGUUUGCCCCUCCAGAAUGUCGUCUACCAGCAGUCAUCGCGGGCGGAAUAUCUAUUGUUGUCGGACUGGCCUGGUUCGCCGCCACCGACUCUCCCCAUAUCCACUGGGUGGUUCCAAUCAUGGCUGGAGCUCCAUUUGGUGCAGGAUUCGUCAUGGUAUUCAUAUGCUGCGCCAAUUAUCUUAUUGACGCGUACGUGAUAUUCGCCGCUUCAGUACUUGCUGCCAACUCUGUGAUGCGGUCCAUCUUUGCUUGUAUCUUCCCUCUUUUCACCACCUACAUGUUCAAUGAUAUUGGGAUACACUGGGGCGUGGCCGUUCCUGGAUUUAUUGCCCUCGCCUGCCUUCCAUUCCCCGUUUUGUUCUAUUUAUACGGUUCAAAGAUCAGGGCGGGUUGUAAAUACGCUGCGCUGGCAGAAGAGCACCUCCGAAGCACCAAAGUGAAUGGAAACUUGAGCUCACAACCCUCGACUGACUUCGAAGAAAAUGGGAUCAUGAAAGUGUAA